AUAUCAAUGUCGACAUGGAGAUUCAAAUCCUUCAAAUCCACAGGCUCCUUCAAGAACUUAAAAUUAAGCGGUACAGGCAGCAACGAUCCUGGCCACGAAGAGCUUCCUAUUCUCUUCGAUCACGAUCAAGAGCCACGCAUCAUGGGUGGUGAUCCUACUGAUCCCAGAAUAUUCCCUCUCAUGGUGGAAGCUGCAGAAUCCGGAACAGGGAAAGAUUCGGACCCCGACAACAAGAACAAAACUUUUAGGCAAUCUAGCUAUGAGUUUUGGAAUGAUAACAAAGAGGGAAACGAUGGUAAUGACAGCUUUGGUUACAAGCAACGAUGGCAAGCGGCUGAGGAAUCACCUUCUAAGACGAGUGGUCAGCUUUUGAACAAACGAAACAACAGCAACGAGAUUGCAUUGGACAUGGACUUAGAUAUGGAUGGCCUUAAACAGGACCAGUCGGUUACGUCUAGAGACUCGAGACGGGUUUCUUUCGAAACAGGAGUUUCAGGUUUUCCAGUUAACGGGAAUGACCCCAUGAGGUAUCAAACACAACAACAAGAAGGAAGAAAUGAACGCAGCGAUGAUGAUUUCAACGAAAGUACUGGUAUAUCCCUUCAAAGAAGGUCAGGUUUGCUAUCAAGAUUGAGGAGUACUAAGUCAAGGCUUAUAGACAGGCCACAAGAGGAGGUGCAGAUGAUGUCUGACCUGUUAGGAAAAUCGGGUCCGAUUAGGUCUGGAUUGUUGGGGAAGAGUUUGGAUAUUGACGAGGAAGAGGACCCGUUUGCAGAUGAAGAUGUGCCUGAGGAGUUUAGAAGAGCUAAUCUGAAUGCAUUGACUUUGCUUCAAUGGCUGAGUCUGAUUUUAAUUGUUGCUGCGUUUCUUUGUAGUUUAUUGAUUCCUUCUCUGAAGAGACUGUAUGUGUGGGAGCUUAAGUUGUGGAAAUGGUUAGUAUUGGUGUUGGUUUUGAUAUGUGGUCGGUUGGUGUCUGGAUGGGGGAUUAGGCUGAUUGUGUUUUUUAUUGAGAUGAAUUUUCUUUUGAGGAAAAGGCUUUUGUAUUUUGUUUACGGGGUAAGAAAACCAGUGCAAAAUUGCUUGUGGUUAGGGCUAGUGCUUGUGGCUUGGCAUUUCUUGUUUGACAAGAAAGUUGGCAGGGCAAGUAAAAGUAAACUGCUCAAAUAUGUUAACAAAAUUUUAGUAUGUUUUUUGAUUAGUACAUUAUUGUGGUUGAUUAAGACAUUAAUAGUGAAAGUGAUGGCUUCAUCUUUCCAUGUUAGUACUUAUUUUGAUAGGAUUCAAGAUACCUUAUUCAAUCAAUAUGUGAUUGAAACACUCUCUGGUCCUCCAUUAAAUAAAAUCCACACGGUUGAAGAAGAAGAUGAAAGGACUGUAGCUGAGAUCCGUAGAUUGCAGAAUGCUGGGGCUACCGUGCCUCCAGACCUUCAGGCAGAUGCCUUUCCACCACCAAGGAGUGGAAAGCUACAAAAAACAAUUACCAGAUUGAAAACCCGAAAACUUUCUCUGACAGCUUCGAAGAAGGGGGAUAAUGGGAUUGGAAUAGAACACUUGCACAGGCUCAACCACAAGAAUAUUUCGGCUUGGAAUAUGAAGAGGUUGAUGAUGAUGGUCCGGCAUGGGACAUUGUCCACAUUGGAUGAGCAGAUAUUGGAUCAGCCUAAUGAGAGUGAUCCGGUGAAACAGAUCAAAAGUGAAUAUGAAGCAACAGCUGCUGCAAGGAAAAUUUUCCAGAAUGUGGCCCGGCGUGGUUCAAAGUAUAUCUACUUGGAGGAUUUGAUGCGAUUUAUGCGAGAAGAUGAGGCUUUGAGGACAAUGAAUAUCUUUGAAGGUGCUUAUGAGAAGAGGAGAAUCAGCAAAUCAUCCUUGAAGAAUUGGGUGGUGAAUGUCUACAGAGAGCGAAGAGCUCUUGCCUUGACGCUGAAUGAUACAAAGACGGCUGUGAACAAUCUUCAUCAUAUGGUAAACGUCAUAGCGUUCAUCAUCAUAGCGGUCAUCUGGCUUGUCCUUCUGGAAAUCGCCUCCUCCAGGAUUAUCCUACUCUUUAGCUCGCAGCUCGUCGUUGCGGCCUUCAUCUUUGGGAAUACUUGCAAGACAAUAUUUGAAUCUAUCAUCUUCUUGUUCAUCAUCCACCCUUUUGAUGUUGGGGACAGGUGUGAGAUUGAUGGUGCGCAGUUCGUGGUGGAGGAGAUGAACAUUCUUACUACAGUUUUCUUGAGAUUCGACAACUUGAAGAUCACAUUCCCCAACAGUGUUCUUUCAACAAAGCCCAUCGGCAACUUUUAUCGUAGUCCAGAUAUGGGAGAUUCAAUUGACUUCUGCAUCCACAUAGCCACUCCAAUAGAGAAGGUUGCUGUCAUGAAACAGAGAAUACUGAGUUAUAUCGAGAGCCGAAAGGAGCAUUGGUGUUGUGCUCCCACGGUUAUACUAAAGGAAAUCGAGGGAUUGAACAGUCUGAAAAUGGCGGUCUGGGUGACUCAUAAGAUGAACUACCAGGACAUUGGAGAGAGGUGGGAAAGGAGAGCUCGAUUGGCGGAAGAAAUGGUGAACAUAUUCAAAGAACUUGACAUGCCAUUCCGCUUGCUGCCGAUUGACAUCAAUGUCUGCUCCUUGCCUCCAGUUAACUCUAGUCGCAUUCCUUCUGCUUGGACUGCUGCAGAAAGUUCAGCUGACUGAGGAAACAACAAGUUUCUUUUCUUUUUCUUUACCGGGAUAUAUGAUUUUCUGUUCUGUUUAUUUAGUUGGGGGAUUCCAUCCCAUGUACCUAAUCACCUUUAACACUUGAUUGCAACUGUUUCAGUCGCACUUGGCUAUAUAUGAUCCCCACCUAAAAGCCAAAACGAAGCAACUCAUCAUCAAAAAACAAUGACUGCUUUCAACACAAAUUCUCUCUUUGUACUGUUCGUUUUGUUCUCAGCCUUUGAUCAUCAUCACCCUUAUUCUGCUGCAGUUGAAGUUGGAUGAAAAUGGUCGUCAAAACCAAAAUCAGCGAUUCCCCACAUUUCAAACUGAGCAACAAAGAGACCAUAUAUCUCCAUUGCAAAUUCCCAGGAAGAGGGUGAUAAGGGUAUCCAAAAUGUUUCGGUAGGGGCAGCAGCUAAGCUUCCAUUCCAAGGGAAGCUCUUCGGAUUCAAACCUUUUGUAUUGUUGCUCAAGGAAAGACAAUGUUCAUGCUGCUUCUUUCGCUGUCUCGUGCUUGCCUAAACAGGAACUGCUUCUGGAUUGCUAAUGAACGAAGGGAGUUUCUUGAAGAACGUGGUGAACAUCAAAGUGUUCUCGAAUGUUUUUUUUUUUUGGGGAUAUGGAGAAGAAAUUUUAUUGAAAUAAUCUCUUAGCA